CAUUUCAAAAUAACCUCAACAACCUUCAUAUAUAACUUUUUACCUCUCUUACUUAAACUUGCAAACUCUAUACAACCAUCAGGUCGAAUUCAAUUUUGAUAUUCGAUCUGAUGGUUUGGGCGUUCUAAAUAAAUCUAAGGUAAUAAUCCAAUUAGUUACCUCAAACAUAUAUUAUUACUAAUAUCCUUCUGUGAGUAUAUAUUUUCAGAAGAACAAGAACUUCGCCAUCGAGAUGGAUAAAGUGAUGAGGUUGGCAUCUGAGAAAGGUGUGGUGAUUUUCACAAAAAGCUCUUGUUGUCUAUGCUAUGCAGUUAACAUUUUGUUUAAAGAACUUGGGAUUAGGCCUAUGGUUUAUGAAAUAGAUCAGGAUCCUGAAGGAAGGGAAAUGGAGAAAGCUUUGAUGAGGUUAGGUUGCACUGCACCUGUUCCUGCUGUGUUCAUUGGAGGGAAACUGAGAGGUUCCACUAAUGAAAUCAUGUCACUUCACCUAAGUGGUUCACUCACUCAGAUGCUGAAACCAUAUCAGUCUUGUUCUUGAAUCAUGAUACUAUUGUUGCUGGAAGAAUAAACUGGCUUGUUAGUUAGAGUAUGGAUAGUCUCUAUGUAGUGUUUUAGCAUGAAAGAGUGCUUUCUAGCAUUUUAUUAACUAUAAUGUAAUGUAAUCACAUAAAUAUUUUUAAUCAAGUUUGAUUUGUGUAUUUUUGUA